AUGCGCCAUGGCUCAGCCAAUCAACAGCAGUGUUUCAGCAAGCUGCGGCUGUGGCAGCAGUCGGGGUACGCCAAGUUGCUCUUCAUUGACCUGCUCUUGACCAGCGUUGACUUCAUUGACCUCUCCGUUGACCUCACUCUCCCAGCUCCUCCCCAUCCCCACAUCCCUCCGUUUUUCCACCAGCAAGCUGCGGCUGUGGCAGCAGACGGAGUACACCAAGCUGCUCUUCUCUUCAAGCUGCGGCUGUGGCAGCAGACGGAGUACACCAAGUUGCUCUUCAUUGACUCGGACCUGCUCCUGUUGACCAGCGUUGACUUUCUCUUCUCCUACCCCGAGAUCUCCGCCCGCGGAAAUGCCGGCACGGAUUUCAACUCAGGCGUGAUGGUCCUGGAGCCGUCAGAUUGCACGUUUGACCUGCUGAUGAAAAAUCUGAAGCGCGUGACAUCGGCGAAUGGGGGGGACCAGGUGAGACCAUGA